AUGAUCAAGUCCAAGAUGUUUCUGUCCAUGACGUGCUUGCUUAAGGAGAGCCGGCGGCCGUUGAGCGCCAAACUGGAACCCAUCAAAAUGUCAUACACCUCAUACGAGUCGGCCGCGGACGGUGGACAAAAACCGCCAAUCAUCAUCAUGCAUGGUCUGUUUGGCUGCAAAUCCAACUGGAACAGUUUGUCCAAAUCCCUUCACAACAUGACCCAUAGAAAAGUAAUUACUGUUGAUUCAAGAAAUCACGGAGACUCACCACAUACUUUAGAGCAAUCAUAUCAACUUAUGGCUGAAGACGUUAAAUUUUUAAUGGAAGAUUUGGGUGUGAAAAAAGCUUCAUUGAUUGGUCAUAGCAUGGGUGGCAGAACAAUGAUGUACUUAGCAGUCAUCUAUCCAGAACUUGUGGAAUCCUUAAUACCAGUUGAUAUAUCACCAAUCAACAGCAAAGAAGUGAGUGAUAUUCAAAGUAUUAUAAAUGUCUUAAGAGGUGUUAAUUUAGAUGUUAAUGGACCUAUAUCAAAAGUUCGGAAAAUGGCAGAUGAACAUAUGAAAAGUUCGAUAGAGAGUCCAGUACUUCGACAGUUCCUCCUAACCAAUCUUAUCGAAGUGAACAAAAAAUACCAAUGGCGCAUUAAUUUAGAAUCCAUCAAUGUUAAUUUUAAAAAUAAUCUUGCCGUAUUUCCACCUAUUCAAUCAACAUAUGAUGGUCCAACAUAUUUUAUUGGAGGCGGAGAUUCAGUUUUCUUGAAACCAACAGAUCAUGAGGCCAUCAAACAGAUAUUCCCUUCAGUUAAAAUUGAUUAUAUAGCUGGUGCUGGUCAUUGGCUACAUGCUGAAAAACCUCAUGAGUUUUUGAGAUUGGUCACACAAUUUUUAGCUACUGUAUAGAAUUAUAAUUUUUAUUUUGUAACUUAUUAAAUAGGUUUUGUGUUCAAAGUUUUAAUGGGUGAAUGUUACCUUAAUAAUGCUUGGUAAGACUUGUACAGUUGUACUGUAAAAAAUUGAAUUGUUUGUUUGUUCAAACUUUUAAGUCUGAAAAAUUGUUACACAGUUAUUAAACUAAUGGUAAAAUUGUUA